CUCAGCCCUCCAGUCUAUUCAAAAGAUCCACUAUGGUGACAACUGAGACCCACGAGACCCAGGAUCUGCUGGUCCCCACCCAGAACCAGGACCAACAGGACCAGACGGAGCAGCAGGAUGAUAACCAGGCCUCACCCUCGUCCCCCCUGUCUGGACUGGACCCAGAGAAGCUCAGUCAGGGACCUGUCAACGCCAUCACAGUGCUCACUCUGCUGGACAAACUAGUCAAUAUGUUGGACAUUGUGCAGGAGAACCAGCAUAAGAUGGAGAUGCACCAGGUGCAGAUGGAUGGCGUGAUCAGAGGGAUCCAGGCUGAUAUGACCAAACUGUCCAAGAGUCACAGUCACACCUCGAACACAGUCAGCAAACUGCUGGACAAGAGCCGCAAGCUGUCCGUCACCAUGAAGGAGGUGCGUGAGAAGAUGGAGACUCAGGGGGCACAGGUGAAGAAGCUGGAGGCGAACCACGCCCACCUGGUCAGUAGGAACAACUUCAAGGUCCUGAUCUUCCAGGAGGAGAACGAGAUUCCCACCAGCGUUUUCGUGAAGGAUCCACCUCCUUUCCCUCGGGAUGAGCUUUUGAGGGAAAGUGAUGAACUGGUGGAUGAGGAGGGGAACCGUUCCCAGGAGGGUGGGCUCCACACCAUCGACUUAUCCUCUGACGAGGAUGUAGGUCUGGAGGCAGAACUCGAUGACGAGGAACCGUGGCCUCACGAUUUGGAGAACAUGGAAAAGUCCAGAGCCGAGAAGCUGAAACGAUCAAGCCUGAAGAAGGUCGACAGUCUGAAGAAGGCCUUUUCCAGGCAAAACAUAGAGAAGAAAAUGACAAAGAUUGGAACAAAGAUUGUUUCUGUCGAACAACGGGAGAAGAUCAAACAGAAAACCUCCAGCCUAAAAGUUGCACCUUUGACCUUCAACCUCAGGAAGAAUCGCAGCAGCUCUGAAUCUCAGCCUGCAGAGACCUCGUCUCAGAUUGUGGAGUCGUUCACCACGGAGGCCGAGGUCCGGGUGUCCCCACUGGACAGCACCGAGCUGGAGGUUCCCUUCACUGAGGUCCAUGCCCAGCUGGCCCCGAGCGAGCAGGAGGAUUUGGUGAAAAGUCAGGAGAAAGAUUUGGAUGAGAACAUAGAUGCAGCAGAGGCUUCAGGUGUGGAGGAGGUGGAUCUGUCAGUGGUGUCAGAGGGGGUUAGUCAGGAAUAUGCUCUGUCUUCCACACUGCCUCAGGCUGAGAAGGAUGAGGAACCCAAAGCACCCUAAGCACCUAGUAAAAUGGCUGCUCCCUCUGAAAGUCAGGUUUUUUAGUUACAUCAUCUUAUGUUUGUUUGCGAGAAGCAGAGGGCUCAGCUCAGCGUGGCUGGAAGACUGGAGCCAAAGUCCAAACUCACAGGAAGUUCUCCUUCCUUCCUGAGGUUUUUCCUACUCAACCCAUCCUUUAUCAUUAGGAACAAGUUAAAUAUACGUUUCUUAUGGUUCAUAAAGUCCAGAGUCUAAGUAAUGAAAUUCUGAAAUAUACUGUACCCAUGUGAGUCCCAGUGUUACAGCAUCUAUGCUAAGCUCAGCUUCCUGCUUUUAAAGUGUAGGACUUGGUCCCACGUUUGUAAUCAUAGAUACUUGUAUUGCUAGGCCUCCACUUAUGAAAUCAGUGACCUAAGCUGAUAUUUACAUGAACCUUAUCUAACAACCAUCAUUGUUUUUAUUUUCUUCAAUAUUCAUUCAAUUCAAAAAUGUAAAACUUUGAUCAUGGGUUCAUCUGUAACAUUAGUGCAAUCUCCAGCUGUGAAUCAUCAAGGUUCUAACACAGAACGUGGUGCUAAACAGAAAAUCUUUUUAAAACAUUCCUACAACACUCCAGAUUAAUUCCUUGGAUUCCUAGAUUUUCUCUGAUUCCAGUGGCUUCCUUAAUGUUCUGAUGAGGGUCCAGAGUUGCCCCAAACACAAGGUUCCUCUUACAUUCCUGUGUUCUGCCUUUAGUUUCAUCAAGUGAUAUAGAACAUUUGCUUUAACAUCAGUCAGUUUCCUAAAUCGUAUCUGUUUGAUAACCAGUCGGUUACGCAAUUAUAUUUUGUGAUCCUGUUAUUGCUAUUAUUAUUUCAUUAACUUUCAUUAAUUCUUUGUGUCACAUAAACACUAGGGUCUCUCUUAUAUCCCCUAAAGGUUCCUCUGACGUUUUACUGAAGUUUAUCCCCUGAUGAUAAUGAUUCCCUUGUUUUUCUACGGAUCUUUGAUCCCUGCAUUCCCUAAUGUUCGCCUGAUGCUUCUGUGUAUCAUUUACCUGAUAUUUUUGAUAUCCUGACAUUCUCCUUAGUUCUAUCUGAAAAACAGAUUUUCAAUUAUUAUUACUUAUUUGGAUUAUCUGUUUUAUCCUUCUAGUUGCCAGAGAUUAGAUUGUAUCCAUGAUGUUAGAAGCACCCUGAUUAUAUAUAUAUAUACACAUGUAACUGAACUUUGAUUUGUAUUUUACUGAACACAAAACUCCUGCUGCCAAAGAUCACUUCCUGUUUGGAUUCUGUUAUCAAACAGGUAAGUAUAGCUGCACAUUGAUGAAAUAAAUCUAGACUAUAAAACCACAA